AUGUUUGAUAAUAAUUUUUUAUACGUAGGACAAGGAGAUGUUGGUAUUGCCUCUCUCAAGUUUGAGUACGAGAAUGAAACUAGUGAGAUGAUUGUGGUCAAAGAACAUGGAAAAAAAACGUUGCUUGGUUACCAGGAGUUUGAGGUGGAUUAUCCGAGUGAAUACGUUACAUCUAUAGAAGGUUGUUACGAUAACGUAGUUGGAGCUGGAAGUGGAGUUAUAACAAUGCUUAGGUUCAAGACUAACAAACGCACCUCUCCACCAUUCGGACUCGAAUCUGCUUCCAGCUUUGCCGUCCAGAAGGAAGGUUACAAGAUCGUCGGAUUCCACGGAAAAUCCAGUGCCCUGAUUAAUCAGAUUGGGGUCCAUGUCGUUCCCAUCACCGAGUGA